GGUGACCUCAAGUGCCCUGAGAUCCCAUUGCUGUGUAAUUAUAUGAAAUAAUUCACGGGAGCAAAACCCCAGGGCCUUUGCUACCAUGCAGCAGACGACCAAAUUAUUCCUCCAAGCUUUGAAGUAUAGUAUUCCUCACCUUGGCAAAUGCAUGCAGAAACAGAAUUACUGUAACUUCGCUGGUCGUUAUUACAAUAGAAUAAGAUUGAAAAAAUAUCACCUAAGCAAGAGUCUGCAGAAUAAGCACAAGAUAGCAGAAUUAGCAAGAGACAUCCCACAUCGGAGCUUCUCGUGUAAGGAUCUUUUGCCUAUUAAGCCAGAAAACGAAAAACCCCUUUCUGAAAACAUGGAUGCAUUUGAAAAAGUGAGAACAAAAUUAGAAACCCAGCCCCAAGAAGAAUAUGAAAUCAUCAAUGCCGAGAUUAAACAUGGUGGUUUUGUUUAUUAUCAAGAAGGUUGCUGCUUGGUUCGUUCCAAAGAUGAAGAAGCAGACAAUGAUAAUUAUGAAGUUUUGUUCAGCCUGGAAGAACUUAAACUCGACCAGCCCUUCAUUGAUUGUAUCAGAGUUGCUCCCGAUGAGAAAUACGUGGCUGCCAAGAUAAGGACGGAGGACUCUGAAACCUCCACCUGCAUAGUCGUGAAGCUCAGCGACCAGCCUGUGCUAGAAGCUUCUUUCCCAAACGUGUCCAGUUUCGAGUGGGUGAAGGAUGAAGAAGACGAAGACGUCUUGUUCUACACCUUCCAGAGGAACCUUCGCUGCCAUGAUGUCUAUCGAGCCACGUUUGGUGACAACAAACGUAAUGAACGUUUCUACACAGAAAAGGAUCCAAGCUAUUUUGUUUUCCUUUAUCUUACAAAAGAUAGUCGUUUCCUCACCCUAAACAUUAUGAACAAGACGACUUCUGAGGUGUGGCUGAUAGAUGGCCUGAGCCCUUGGGACCCACCAGUGCUCAUCCAGAAGAGGAUACAAGGUGUCCUGUACUACGUUGAGCAUCGGGAUGACGAGCUAUACAUCCUGACGAAUGUUGGAGAGCCAACAGAAUUCAAGCUGAUGCGGACAGCAGCUGAUGCCCCUGCUAUUAUGAAUUGGGAUUUAUUUUUCACAAUGAAGAGAAAUACCAAGGUUGUAGACUUGGACAUGUUUAAGGACCACUGCGUUCUGUUCCUGAAACACAGCAAUCUCCUCUAUGUUAAUGUGAUUGGUCUGGCUGAUGACUCGGUUCGCUCUCUAAAGCUCCCUCCUUGGGCCUGUGGAUUCAUAAUGGAUACAAAUUCUGACCCAAAGAGCUGCCCCUUCCAGCUUUGCUCUCCAAUAAGACCCCCAAAGUAUUACAUAUACAAAUUUGCAGAAGGCAAACUGUUUGAAGAAACUGGUCAUGAAGAUCCCAUUACAAAAACUAGUCGGGUUUUACGCAUAGAAGCCAAAAGCAAGGACGGGAAGUUAGUGCCAACGACAGUUUUCCACAAAACGGAUUCUGAGGACUUGCAGAAGAAGCCCCUCUUGGUGCACGUAUACGGAGCUUAUGGAAUGGAUCUGAAAAUGAACUUCAGGCCUGAGAGGCGGGUCUUGGUGGAUGACGGAUGGAUCUUAGCAUAUUGCCAUGUUAGGGGUGGUGGUGAGCUGGGCCUCCAGUGGCAUGCCGAUGGCCGGCUAACUAAAAAACUCAAUGGCCUUGCUGACUUAGAGGCUUGCAUUAAGACACUUCAUAGCCAAGGCUUUUCUCAGCCAAGUCUAACAACGCUGAGUGCUUUCAGUGCUGGAGGGGUGCUUGUGGGAGCACUGUGCAAUUCCAAGCCGGAGCUCCUGAGAGCUGUGACCCUGGAGGCCCCUUUCUUGGAUGUCCUCAACACCAUGAUGGACACCACACUCCCUCUGACACUGGAAGAGUUAGAAGAAUGGGGGAACCCGUCAUCUGACGAGACACACAAGAACUACAUAAAGCGCUACUGUCCUUGUCAGAACAUUAAGCCUCAGCAUUACCCUUCAAUUCAUAUCACAGCUUAUGAAAAUGACGAACGAGUACCUCUGAAAGGAAUCGUAAGCUAUACCGAGAAACUUAAGGAAGCCGUUGCAGAGCAUGCUAAGGAAGCAGGUGAAGGCUAUCAGCCCCCCAACAUUAUUUUAGAUAUUCAGCCUGGAGGGAAUCAUGUGAUUGAGGAUUCUCACAAAAAGAUUACAGCCCAGAUGAAAUUCCUGUAUGAGGAACUUGGACUUGACAGCACCAGUGCUUUCGAGGAUCUUAAGAAAUACCUGAAAUUCUGAACUGCCGCCUUCAGCUGGAAACUGGAAACACGUGGAAAUAACAACUAGUCUUAUUUCCAGUUGGUUUAGCAAAAGGGAGAUUUUUUUAAGUUAUUACAUGAUUCUUUUACAGUUGUUUUUUCAUGUAAAUUUUGCUUAUUGGGCAUCUCACUUGUCCUGUUCCCACCAGCACACACCCUUAGCCCGGGAA